CGGCUUUCACACGGGCUGUUGCUCUGCUCUGCCCCCACAGCAAAACGAGCAGCCAGCACCGCGGGGCUCUCGGCGUCAGGGACGGUCCCUGGGAAGGGCCCCUGCCAGCGCCGGCUGCUCGGCGCGUCCCGAGGAUCCUGGGCUGUAAUCUGAAGCGGAGCAGGGGGUUUACCAGGCUCCCCACCAAAUACCACAAGACACACCAGCGUGCAGGGUACUAUUCCUGUCUGUUCAAAAUACAGGCCCCAGAGUAACAAUGACAAGAUGAUGGGUUGAAAAGUGUUCAGCCAUAUUCCAUUGUGAUCCUAGUGGAAUAUUCACACUUCAACAGAUUGUCAUCACCUCAGCACAGCAUCUGACCAGCAGUGAUAUAGCAAAUCAGGCACCCAAAGCAUUUAUAAACCUCCGUCAAUGUCCACCACAUGCACUUUGCUCAAUCUUUCAUAUAAGAUGAUGGAAGGAAAUGAGGACUCUAUUGAAGACCAUCUCACUGCUUAUGCAAUUCAGCUUAGUAUUCAAGAAUCAAUUGAAGCCAGUCAACCAACAGCUUCCCAUUACCAUGAAAGAUUUGUACCACCCAGUGAUCAAAAUAGGAAACUUAUAGCAGCCAUAAGACAAGGCCAAGUAUUUGAUCUUCAGAGCUAUGUGAAACAUAAAUAUGCUUUGGAUGAAGCUGAUGAAAGAGGCUGGUUCCCACUUCAUGAGGCUGCAGCUCAGCCAAUUCAGCAAAUACUUGAAAUCAUUCUGGAUGCAUCUUAUAAAUCAAUGUGGGAAUACAAAACAUGUGAUGGAGAAACACCGUUAACUUUGGCAGCAAAAGCUGGUUUUGUGGAAAAUGUAAGAACAUUAUUGGAAAAGGGUGUUUGGCCUAAUACCACAAACAAUAAAGGAGAAACUCCUCUUCUCAUUGCUGUGAGACGGGGCUCUUACGAAAUGGUAUUGGCUCUGAUUAAAUACAACUGUCAUAUCCACCAGCCAUGUGUAAAACGCUGGUCAGCAAUGCACGAAGCUGCAAAACAAGGCUGCAAAGAGAUUGUUUCUCUGCUUCUGAAGAAUGGAGGAAAUGUGCACCUGAAAGAUGGUUAUGGGGUAACGCCAUUAGGAGUUGCUGCUGAAUAUGGACACUGUGAUGUGCUGGAGCAUCUUAUUCAUAAAGGUGGUGAUGUUCAUGCUUUAGCAGAUGAUGGUGCAUCAAUACUGUUUGAAGCAGCUGGAGGAGGUAAUCCAGACUGUGUAGCUCUUCUUUUGGAAUAUGGAGGAAGUGGUAAUGUGCCUAAUAGGGCAGGACAGCUCCCUAUACACAAAGCAGCCUAUGAAGGACAUUAUUUGUCACUGAAAUAUCUAAUUCCAAUUACAUCCAAGACUGCAAUCCAGAGAAGUGGGUUAAGCCCCAUUCACUCAGCAGCAGAUGGCCAGAAUGUGCAGUGUCUAGAGCUCCUCAUUGAAAAUGAUUUUGAUGUCAAUACUCUCCUGGCUGAACACAUUUCUGAAAACUACGAUGAUGAAAGGAAAACAGCACUCUAUUUUGCUGUUUCUAACAAUGACAUUCUCUGCACAGAAGUGUUACUCAAAGCUGGUGCAGACCCAAACAAGGAUCCUCUAAAUUGUCUUCUUGUAGCAGUGAGAGCUGGUAACCAUGAAAUCGUACGAUUGCUUCUAUCCUAUGGAGCAAAUGUCAAUUGCUACUUCAUGCUUGUGAAUGACACCCAUUUCCCCAGUGCCAUUCAGUAUGCUUUGAAUGAUGAGGUAAUGCUAAGGCUGUUGUUGAAUCAUGGAUAUAAUGCAGAGAGGUGUUUUGAUUGUAUGCAUGGCGACAUCUUUGGAAGUUCUUUUGUGUGGUCACUUCCAGAAGAGGAGGUAUUACCAGGAUGGACAUCUUGUGUAAUAAAAGAUACUCCAUUCUGUGCCUUUAUUACAGUUCCUUGGUUGAAACAUUUAGUUGGACAUGUGAUACGCAUUUUGAUAGACUAUAUGGAUUAUGUUCCUUUAUGCUCAAAACUAAAGUGUGUCCUAGAAGCACAGAAAGAAUGGCCAGAGAUACGUCAGAUAUUAGAGAAUCCUCGCCCAUUAAAACAUUUGUGCCGCCUGAAAAUACGUAAACUGAUGGGACUAAGGAGUCUACGGAGACAAGCAUCAAUGGCGAAGCUUCCUCUUCCACCAGUUCUAAAGGACUAUAUCCUAUAUAAAGAAUAUGAUCUUUAUGGAAAGGGGCUAAAUUUAGCUUAGAUUUAAAACAGUCAUUUAAAACUUGUAAAUUAAUUCUUUAGAAUUUUUUGCUAGAUUGAGAAUUAUUUAGUAUUGUUAUAUGUACUCAAAACAUUUGAUAUUUGCUGUAAAUAGACCUUUUAUGGGAACCCUUUUAAAAAAAAUGUGGUCUGUAAAACUCAAUUUCAUUGUGCAACCCAAAACCUCCAGGAUUGGAUUUUAGGUGAGUAAUAUGUACACUUCAACCUGGAAAAAAAGUGUUGUUAAUGUCUGCUACGAGUAGUUUUCUUAGUGGGUUCUCUGUUGAAGAUGAUAAAAGAGAUCAUGUUUAAAAUACUGAUUUAUUUUAAAAAGCGUCCAUGUGGAAAUUAGAAGUACGAUGAAAAUAAAAAUGUUCUGUUUCAUUUGUAUGAUAAGUUUUGACUCCAGCCACCUUUCAUGUGUUUGGCUUGAAAUGUAAUAUUUUGUGCAUUUUAAAUUGUGAUCCUACUAAAAAGUGCUCGGAAAGUAAUAAAACAGUUCUCUUUUUAUUUAGAUGUAAAGAAGUCAAACACAGUAAUCAUCCUUUAAAUCAUACUGUAAAGCUUCAGGGGAAAGAUAUUAUGGCUUAGCCGUCUAUGUCUUUGGUAUUCUUUGGCAACAAUUGUGCUUGUCAGUGAAAUUCACUGUUAAGUCAGACAGCCACCCAAAAUAUUGCAGGCCCAGAAUUGUGCCUUUUGCUCAAAAGCCUCUGGUAGAAAUUGAUUUGGACUGUUUAGUGAACAUUGGAGUCUUGUCACCAGUUUCACACAGUGAGUGGGCUACACCCAUUGUACCAAUGAUCAAGAAGGAUGGCUCAGUUUGAAUUUGUGGUGAUUUCAAAGUGACAUUGAACCUAA